UCCAAAUAAAAUCACUUUGAAAGAUCCAUGUUUAACCUGUACGGUAAUGACUUAACCAUAACCUCUAUCUUCAUAACUUCGAAACACUCGUCAAACAGAAAUAAAUUUAUAAAUACAUUUAGAUGCAAUGUUUUAACGAUAUUGCGUCGAAAUAUACAAAGUUUGUCACAUACUACCCACAAUCUAAACAAAUCACCGACUGGAGUCAGAACUGUCAAGAACGUAUGGUCGCAUCGAUCGAGUCGGAUAGAUUGCGGCCGGGAACGCAAGUUGAAUUUACAUACAGUUAUUUCGUUCACGCAUAACUAAUGAUGGACAAUCGAUAACCGCAUCUCCUUUAAAUUAUACUUUACAAUGUGUACGUUUGUCACUCACGUGUGUACAAAAUGUAAAAUACAAAAAUCAUCGCGAGGAAAUUGCUUCUGUUCUCAUCUUUCUUUUUUAUCCCGUCAGUAGUACCAAAUUAAUAAACGGGGGGAAAAGAGUCGGCAUUUUUGAAAGGAUUUUAUCGUGUACCAUUAUAAAUUCACUUAAAUGCAGAUAACAUUAUAAACGCAUUUUACAAAUAAUUACGAUUACGCGCACUUCGUUUGAAUGAUGUGAUACGAUGCAUGUCAUGUGGCGAGGCAACAAACCGUGAAACGAAACGUGCAUGCGGAAUCCAAGCCGAGAAAGUCGGCUCUGUCUCAGUUCUUUCCAUUGAAUAAAACAUUUUGAGAAUAAUGAUACGAAAUGUAUUUCAAAACGGCCAGAAGAUCUUUUGGAUCAGUUGUACGUGUAUCGGCACGUACAUCGCAUACCGAUAUUGGAAAAAGCGAGAAUUUCUGGCAAUAGACGAGGGUUUUGAAGAGGUGUCUAAGAUCGAUGAUAAUCACGAAAAACGAGUGCUCCUGUUAGGUUUAGAUGGAGCUGGGAAAACAUCGAUUAUAAACCAAAUAUGCGUUGCGAACGGCGAUGAAACUUCGUACACCGUCCCUUCGAAACCAACAGAGGGUUCUUCUGUAUAUAGAAUAAAAAAUGGGGUCCUAUUUUACAAUGUUUGGGAUAUUGGAGGUUCAGACGCUACUAGAAAAUACUGGACUGCUUUCUUACAAGACACAGAUUUGUUAUUAUUUGUAGUAGAUGCGUCUGAUAUAAAAAAAUUAUCUUCCGCUGCUUCUAUUCUGAAACAAUUGUUAAGUGAUGCAAGAAUGGAUGACGUACCAAUUUUAAUAAUUGCUAACAAACAGGAUUGUCCCAAUGCUCUGAAACCAGAGGAAGUUAAGAAAGCAUUAGAUUUAUUAAGUAUCUCUCCUCAUAAGCACAAAGUAGAAAUAAUUGGAUGUCAGACAAGACCUCUUCCUGAAAUGCCAUCAGAAACGACUGAAUACACUUGGUACCAUGCAUCCAUGGAUUCUGUUAGAAAAAAAAUAUUCUAUAUGGCAAAAGAUAAUGUAUCUGCUCCCAUGUUUUGUUAAAAAAUAUUUUAUAUGAAAAAGCAAGAAAAACUAGAAGGUUAAGAGAAAGAAAAGAAGGAAGUAACAAUAUGCCAGCAUAUUGUGUACAAUUUUUCAAUGAAUGACUACAGUUUGUCCAAAAUGAACCUUUUUAAGAAAAAAGUAAUUCGAGCUUUAAGAAAGGAAAUAUGAAUAAAAGUGUGCAAUUUUUAAAUAUUUCUCAGCAUAAUAUGUUUACGCUCAUUUAAUUUUUAUGAUACUUUUUAUACUGUUUUCUUCAAUAUACAUAUAGAUAUUUAUUUAUUUAUUUCUCUGAUUUUUUUUUUGUUUUAAUUAUGCACAAUACUAUAUUAAUUUUUGUAACUGAUAUACAAAAUAAAGAUUUAGAGACUGCAUUUAGAAAUAAAAAUCUAUUUUAU